GCUAGCCUUUUGAUUAUAUAGGUAAAACCCAUUCAGUAGCCUUCAUUCCAUAGCAAACACAGCAUUUCAGUCUUCUUCAGAUCCAAAACAAUUCUCUUAAAAUAUUUUUUCUCUAGUUAACAAGAAAACAAACAUGAUUAGUCUGAAGAAGCUAGUCAAAUUAGCAAAGAAGUGGCAGAAACUGGCUGCAAGCAAGCAAAAAAGAAUCUCAUUGCCGAAAACCACUGGGGUUGCUGAAGCAGAGAGUUGCAGCACGUCUUCAGUGGCGGAGAAGGGUCAUUUUGUUGUGUACACUGCUGAUCAACAGCGUUUUGUCAUUCCCUUAAAGUAUCUUAAAAACAGCAUCAUUAGGGAGCUGUUUGCUAUGGCAGAAGAUGAGUUUGGACUUCCAAGCGGUGGACCUAUCACAUUGCCUUGCGAUGCAGUUUUCAUGGAGUAUGUAGUGUCUUUGAUCCAAAGGAAUGCAGCAAAAGAUUUAGAGAAGUCACUGCUCAUGUCCUUGGCUACUAGUCGCUGUUUACCAACUGUAAAACUCUACCAAGAACAAAGUAACCAACAAUCACUACUCUGCAGCUUCUAAAGCCAAUUAUGGUUGAACCUUUGUACAUAGUUCACAACGCAGAAAAACAUAAUUAUUAUAUUAAUAUAAAGUUCCUAAAAGCUCUAUGCUUAGUGGUUCCUCGGAUAAA